AAGAAGAAAGAUAAGAUAUUAAACUUAUAUCUAUUGCAAAUACAGUAAUAUAAAAAAAACAAAAUUGUUAUCAGCUCGUUAACUCUGGCACUUAAAACAUUGGAAACUAAUUACGAAUGUAAGGAUGUUACACAGAAAGCAACUAAAAUAAUAUUGUAGUUAUUUCAAUUGGUUUUUAGCAAAUGGAACGGACGAAAUGCCGGUGGAACCGAGAUUUGAUGCGGCUUGCAGCCUAGCCAAAACCUUUGUGAUAAGACCACCGGACUCGCAACUGCUGGAAAUAUACUCGCUGUAUAAGCAGGCUACCAUCGGAGACGUCGACAAGUCAGGGAAAAUGAACGAUCCGAUAGCUAAAGCUAAAUGGGAGGCAUGGAACAAGAAAAAAGGAAUGAGCAAAGAGGAUGCCAAGAAGAAGUACGUUUCGAUCAUUGAGGAAAUGGCCAAAGCACAGAAAUAAUUGACCGGGAUGCGGGAUGAGGAAGGCGUUGGUGUUUGUGGGUUAUCUAUUUAAUUUAUACUUUAAAUCAAAUCUGUGAAGUAGAUUUAGUUUGGUGGAGGAAGUAGUUAGCGUGUCAAGUAUUAAUAAAUCGUCCCCGUUCGAAGUGGUCGUUUUUAUUUGCUCAAAAGAAAAAACACGAUAUCGCCGCACCUGAAAUCCUACAAUAUUGAUAAGAUAAGAUCGAUGCACAGGAAAUAAUU